UUUUUUAUUACAUUAAACAAAAAUCUUAGAAAAAACUUACAGCUGAUUGUUUAGAUACUCAGCUGAAAAGAUUAUUUGUUGCUCGGACGAGUUGUGUCCCUACAUUUGACAUUAGAAUGGAGAAUGUAAGCAGCACGAUCGACUUAGACCCAAGCAACAUCUCACAUGUUGAGGUUAAUAGUAUUUCACCUUGGUCAUCUUCACCGAUCGAUGUUGAUUUAAGCUUAAAGCAGUUCCCUAAAGAAACCACGCCAGACUACGUCUAUAGACAGCACUUCGCAGAAAUUCAGCAUCGUAACAGGAAUUUAAUUCCUAUAUACACCGAUGGAUCUAAAUCGGAUAACUAUGUUGGCUUAGCCUUUGUUUGCCAGGAUGAAAUUGUGGCAGAACAAAUAGCACCGAAUUCUUCCAUCUUUUCUGCGGAGUUGCAGGCUAUUUAUUUAGCCUUAAAGUAUAUAAAUCGGAAAGGUCAUCGUUGCUGCGUGAUUUACACUGACUCAGUUAGUGCACUUCAGGCUUUGAUCUCGUAUGAACGUAGUUCUCACUCCAUAGUUAUUAAAAUUCGAAAACUAAUUUGUCAUCUCACUACGAGAAAUUUUUUUGUGAAGUUCUGUUGGGUCCCAGGCCACGUGGGUAUAAGAGGUAAUGAAGAAGCUGAUACAGCUGCUAAGUCAGCAAGUCCUUCACAGCAUACAAUGCGUAUUGAAGGAGGUGAUUUGAAGCUAGUCGUUAAAAAACGACUAGCAGAGAGAUGGCAAAACGUGUGGAAUGCACAAAUCCACAAUAAACUUCACGAGAUCAAACCUUUGGUAGAAAAUUGGACACAUAAUAGGCAAUAUGAUAGGAGAUCUGAGGUUAUCCUUACUCGUUUGAGAAUUGGACACACUCGACUGACUCAUCAAUACCUUUUGAAGGGAGAUGAAGAACUAGUAUGUCAGCACUGCAACUGUGCUGUAAGUGUUAAACACAUAUUUUGCAACUGUGUUGCUUUUGAUCAGAGUCAUAGACAGCAUUUCGGAAAUGCAAGCUUUAGAGACAUUUUGGGCCAGAGGCCAAAUCUGGAUAAUAUACUGGACUUUCUGAAAGUCAUUAAUAUGUAUAGAGAAAUAUGAUUAUUUAUUUAUUGUAUAGUUUUAUUUACUUCAUGGUGCAUAUUUAAAUUAUUGUAUAUAUUUUUUGUUGUUGUGUAUUUAUUUAUUUAUUACAUUUUAGAUUAUAUAUAUAUAUAUUACCAUUGGCUUUUUAAUGGUCAAACUGUUCUGUAUAUAUGUGUUUUUCUAUUUACUGUAUUUUAUACCUUCAAGCAUACCAUGUGUCGUGGCGCAGUAUAGCCUGCAUGGCUUUUGUGCCAAUAAAAAUUAACUAACUAACUAACUAACCAUACUUGCCCGACUCGCCAAGGGACUUAAACCUCCCCUCUGACAUUCUCCAGAUUCAAUCUCACUCAAUAAUAAUUCUGGGCUUUCCUUCUGAUUAUUUAAAGGCUGGAACCAACUUUUUGAUGGAGGCGUACUUUUACAAUGACGACCAGUUGAGGGAACGGGACUUUUUCUCUGACAGUCCAUCACCUCCUGCCUACUUGUCGAUGAAUCUCUAUCUCUUAUUUGCUUUUCCAGAGGUCUUAAAGGACUCCUCAAGGGGACAUUUUCCCUCUGACGGUCGAAUGACUGAGCCCGACUCGCUGACGGGAAAUUCUUUCCCGUCCGACGGUCCAUGUCAACCUCCUAUACUUAUAAAAAUAAAAGUCCAACAGAACCAUACACUCCAAGAUAAAACUAAGUCUUCCUUCUUAUAAGUUUUUAAAUUUAAUUUAAAACUUCACUAAUUUUAUAUCAAUCUGUAUAGAGAUCGAAAGCUUCGGAACACGCCCCCUUAAGGAGCUGUUGAGGUGUUUAUCUUCUUAUUUUACUAUUAAUUGCUUUUUUCGUUUAAAAUUUAUUAUAUCACUACUUUAUUUCUUUUUUUAUUGUUAUAUUUAGUCUUAUUUUAUAGUCACUACUCACAUUUCUUGCACCAGAAGUUCAAAUCUUUCAUUAGGCUUAGCAUCUCGGCAUAAUAUCACCAAAGUUCAAAAAAAUCCAAAAAUAAUCAUUAUUAAACGACAAAUUAUGUUUUGCUAGGUUAUUAGUACUCCAAAAGUCAAUAGAGAACACACUUCACACACCAAAUAGACCUGUAACAGGAAAACUUAAGCUGCUCCCAUUUUUCUGCCAACAACGCCAGGAUAAGAACAGAUACUUUUAAUUAAAGUUUAAUAAAACACUGGUUGAUUACAUUUCAGCACGCAGGCUGUGAGAAAACACUUCAAGAAUUUCGAAUACAGGCUUUAUAUUUUGACAAUUGCUGGCUAUAAUCACCAUAAUAAAAUAACAAAAGUAUUUACAAGUAUGUACAAAGGUUGGUGAUUAUGGCCGGGAUGAACAGUUACACAUAUAUACUGACACAUAGUUACAUUUAUUAGCAAAAACAA